AUGAGUGAAAACAUCAAAGUCGCUGGCGUGCACGCCGAGCCCGUGUGGGGUGACCUCCAAGGCUCCGUGAAGCAGGUGGUCGAGCUCAUUUUGGAAGCGGCCAAUAAGGGAACGAAGGUGUUUGGUCUCCCUCAACUUUUUGUGCCGGGAUACCCGUGCCUUCAUGAGCUGAAUGGAGAGAUUCUGCACAAUCGCCGCAAGAUCAAGCCAACCCAGGUAGAGAAGAGGCUUUUUGGUGAGAGGCACUCUGAGAUAUACGGGCCUGAUGGAUCGCCAUUGGGCCCACAUGAAGAGGGAAUGCUGUAUGCUGAAAUUGAUCUUGCGAAAAUUGAGAUUGCGAAACAUUUCCUGGACACCGUGGGACAUCAUGCGCGCCCAGCCUUGUUGACCCUCAAAGUCAAUACUGCUCCAAUCAAGCAUGUUCAUCAUGUGCAGUAG